UGGAUGGCAUACCAGAAAUAUUGUUAUGGACUCUUCACAAGAAAGCUGCCCUGGAAGGAUGCAGAGCAAGACUGCCAAAGUUACGGCUACGAUAGCCACCUCGCUUCGAUCCGCUCAGUAGCGCAGAGCACUAUGAUAUCCAGCUACAUUCUCUUCCACUAUGAUGAUGAUGAAGGAAUCUGGAUUGGACUCUCCAAUCCUCAGCAGAAUGGAGCCUGGCAGUGGUCUGACCGCUCAACACUGACCUAUUGGCCUUGGGACUCUGGCAAACCCAGCGUUAAGGGUCAAGAAGCCUGUGCCCAUCUCUCAGCCACGUCAGGGAUAAUGUAA